AUGGAUUACCUUAUUGGUACUUACUAUCAGUGCGCAAAGUGUCUUUAUUGCAAAGAAGAUUCUUUGAAAUCUUUAUGUGAAUGUGAUAAAAAUAUAACACCUACAACACGAAAUCAUACAAAAUUAGUUCCAUAUGCUUUUACAAUUCAUUAUAAUACAAAAUUUAAUGAUAAACAAAUUAAAGUCUUAACAGAUUCAAAGGAAAAAUAUUAUUACGAUAUGGAGUUUACAGAAGAUUUCAAAUUUUCAUUUUGUUCUGCAUGUAAUAGUAAAUGGUAUCGUAUUGGUAAAACUAAACCAACAAGAUCAAAGGUGAUUAAAUCUACAAACUCAAAGUUGAUCAAAUCUAAAAGUCCUACCGAACGUACAACUUUUGAUAACAAUAAUCAUAUUACCAACAUAUCUGAAAUUGACAAGCUUGAUGAUCAUAUAACUUUUAUUAACAAUAAUGAUAAUCAUAUUACCAACAUAUCUGAAACUGACCAGCUUGAUGAUUAUACAACUUUUAAUACAAAUAAGUAUAUUACCAACAUAUCUGAGAUUGGUGAACAUCAUGAUCAUAUUGCUUUUGAUUAUGAUACAUCAGUAUCAGUAUGUGAUGAAUUCGAAGAUCUUUUAAAUAAAGAAGUUGAAGAACCAGACUUAGAGAAUGACAAUUUUAAUAGACAGUUAGAUGAGUUAGAUAAUAGAAAUAAUAAGUAUGAAAAUAAAAAAUUUUUGUUUAAACUAUAUAUUAAAAAUCAAGAUAAUACUACAUUACCAGCAAAAUGA